AUGGCAACCCCAAGCAAGCAGGAUCCUUCAAAGCAACCCACACAAACAAAGGAAGACGACUCUGAUCUAGACGAUUUACUCGAUGAUGUUCUCGACGACUUUAACACAUUGUCAACUUCUGAAAGCAAGAAACCACAGCAACCAGCAUCGUCAGCUUCCAAAGAAAAGGAGACAGUAGCAGGCCAACCACCAGCAGGAAAGACCUCCGAGAAAGAAUCGCUGGACGACUUCUCAAUGGACGAAGACGAGUUUGCAAAGCAGCUGGCAUCGGCCAUGAGCGACUGGAUGCAAGAAAUGGAUAAUGACAAGGAGACCAGAGAGACCUUUGAAAAGAUCUGGAGCUCGUUUGAGACCGAGCAAGGCAAGGGAGAAGGUGCAGCAGGUGCAGCAGCAGCAGCAGGAGGAGCUUCCAAUAGCAGUGGCAACGGUGGUGAUGCACGACCUGGUGAGACCAAAUCUUUCCAAGAGAGCAUUUCACAAACCAUGAACAAGCUCAAGGAGAGUUCUAAGAACAUUGAUGCUAGUACACCCAGCAUGGAAGGUGGCGAUGAUGCCUUUAUGGGAGAGAUGAUGCGGCAAUUGGAAAGCAUGGCGGAUAGCGGCGAGUUUGAAAACCUGCUAGAAGGAAUGAUGCAACAACUCAUGUCCAAGGAACUCUUGUACGAACCUAUGAAACACAUGGCUGAUAAUUAUACCAGUUGGCUUGAGGAUAAUAAGGAUAAGAUUUCUGCUGCCGACUAUGAGCGAUACCAGAAACAGCACGAGCUAUGUAAGCAAGUGGUUGCCAAGUAUGAGUCGCCCGACUUUGACGACAAGAAUGAAGCCAAGGCAAAGGAAUUGAUGGAUUUGAUGCAAAAGAUGCAAGAUCUCGGACAGCCACCUGCCAGCAUGAUGGAAGAAAUCGCACCCGGCAUGAAAUUAGGAGAAGGCGGUAUGCCAGAUAUGGAGAAUUGCAAUAUUAUGUAA